GGUUUGGACAUGUCCAGGGGAGAGACAAUGAUGACAUAGGUAGAAGGAGACUGAGAGAAGGACCAGCAUAGAGAUGUAUGGAUGUGGUGAAAGAGGACAUGAGUUGUUGUGAGAAUAGUGGAUGGAGAAGGCAGGACUAAAUGGAAACAGGUGAUUGGCUGUGGAGACUCCUGAAGGGACAUGUCCACAGAGGGAGGAGCUUAAAGGAUGGAAUGAGUACCGGACCAGUCUAGGCUUCCGAUGUUCUCUGAGCACAAGUUCUGCAGCGCUCCACAAAUUUUCAUCCAUCUGGAUUUAAGAGGUGGGUCCAUCUGCUUGACUCCGCCCCUCCAUUCUGUAGGGAUGUUUUACAUUUGGACGAAAGAAAUUAACCAGAAAUCCAUAAUUAAUUAAGUGGCCUUUAAUAUCGAGGCUCAGACGGGAGAACGCUAAACCUGAGCCAUAGCAGAUGUUCCUCACACCUGAUGGAAAUAAACGGGUCGUUACGAGAGACUGUGAGUCACAGCUGCUCUCAUCCACAUCCCGGAGGGCAGGUGUGUCACGCCACCAUCUUGUUUGAGGGAGCAUAAGUUCUUCCCUCAUCUGACCUUGGAAGUCGGCCGUCUGAUUGCCUUCUCCUCAGGGUAAAUAUUGUCAGAGUGACCUCAGAUCUCCAAACAGUAUAAACCAGCCGGGCUUUGGCCGAGCAUCAGUGUCCGACAGGCAGGUACAGGUCCCAGGUUCCUCAGCAUUCGUCAGCACCAUGGUCCCACGCAGGAUGCUGCUCCUCAGCGCCUCAUGUUGGCUGUUGAUGGCUUUGGGGAGCUGCAACGAGCUGAUCGAGGAGCGAUCGCUGGAAUUUGAAGUCAUCAAGACCAAAGAAGAGAAGGAGCUGAUAGAAGCUCUGCAGGAAGUUCUAGAGAAGCUGAGGAACAAACAGCUGCCGUCGUCUGAGAAGAAGCUCGGCCGGCUUCCACCUUUAAGCAUGGACACGCGUCCGUUUGAGUUUUCAGUCUUCACCUGAACACCUCAGACUGCUGUACAACAAAUGUGUGUGUGUGUGUGUGUGUGUGUGUGUGUGUGUGUGUGUG